CAUAAUCGAACACUUUUUAGUUUUCGUUCAUAGAGUCUGUUGUGAUAAACAGCCUUAAUUUCAAUCAACUUCACCCGAUCAUCAACUAGACAGCGUUGGAGGAACCACUCGGCUUUUCGGAGGCCAAACAGAUGCAGGUCACAGCAGGGGCAUAACCAAAAUGAUUGGUGAGAAGUGACGCAAGACCAUCAGUGGAGAACAUGAGCUUGAAAGACCAACGCAACAGCGAGGGCUACAAAAACUGGCUGAGGGUGGGGCUAGCCCUGUUGGCCACCCGGGAUGGUCUCACUAGUGUCACCUUGCGAGCGGCGAAGGAACUGCAUGCGGAGGUCAAAGCCAAGCUUGGGGACAGUGUGGAAAACUGCACUUGUAACCCAAAGAAAAAACAAGAAUGUAAGGAUUGCAAGCCUUGGCGACAGGAGUUGGCAAACUACUACAAAGGCGCCAAGAGUCAGAUUUACUGGACUAACUGUACCCCCAACAAAUGGAGCAAGGAACCAUGGGAGGUGGCAAAAGUGUUCAUGCCCAGAGGCCAAAACACAGACAACACGGGCCCUAAAAAAUCAGAUACCUCAGCACUCUUGAACUUCAUUGUACACUGCAAAUUUUGCAACAAGUACAUCAGCACUAAGGCCUCGCAAAAGGUCAUAGAAGUCCGCAAUCGCGCCAUGCAUUCUGCAGACCUGACUUUCAGCCAGCAGGAAUUCCAAGAUCACAUGGCUGCAGUUCUGAGUCUGAUGCGUGAUACACAAAUAAAAUCCGAUCCAGCUGCACAGAAGGCUGCAGACGAGAUUAGUAAGAUCCAGACAGAUGACUUUCACAUCGGUGCCGACAAAGCUUGCCAUGAUGCAGAGGUACAAGUGUUCACAGACCUCAUGGAGAACUUGAAGAAGUCGCUCGAGCUUCAGGAGAAAGAGUUGGGGGAUCACGCGACCCGCCUGGAUGCUCUGGAGCAAGGGAGGACGACAGAGGAAAAGGUUUCAUCAAAGACCGUGAACUCCAUCUUGGACAUGGUAAAUGGCAACGCGGACUUGCAGAGCGUCCUACAAGUCCAAGCAUCAGAGCUGUCCACCGUGUUACAGCAGUACCAGAGCAGGUUGGUUAAGGUGGAGGGGGACAUUGCGGACGUCAAAGCUGAGGUGAGUCACCUGGACAAAACUAUGACUAAACAAAUGGCACAACUGGAAGACAUCACCACACGCACCCAAGAUGAAAUCAGUGACGUGAGGGCUAAAAUUGGGGACGUCAAGACUUCUGUUGAUGACGUGAAGGAAGACUUGACGAAAGUCAAACAAAAGCUGCUAGAAGCACCACCUGGGAGCCCCAAGUUCACACCAGGUGCCAGUAUCAGUUACAAGAACACAUUGCAAGAGUACCUGGACAAGGAGAAACUGCCAAAAGCAAAGUACAAGAGGCUGGAAGGUGAAGGAUCGAAUGCAGGACAGCCUCCCUUCACAUUCAGGGUUGUACUGCAAUACAAAAACGCCCUCUUCCGGCCGGAUGGCCAGUUUGCAUCCAAGAAAGUCGCCACUCAAAAAGCCUGUGAGCUAGCCUUGCAGAGGUUGGGACAGUCACACGUGACAAAUGAUCCAACACAUUUUAGAGCGGAGCUUCAGGAGUACCUACGAAAACAAAGUCAAGACCAACCGGAAAUCAACUAUACGCAGGAUGACAUGGGUUUCUACGCUGAAGUCAGGCUGACCGGUACAGCAGAAUUUCCUCCAGGAGACACGAGUACCACUCGGAAAGAAGCUGAGCAAAAUGCUGCAGAGAAAGCCCUACUUGCCUUAGGCGUGCAGCUGCCAGCUGUGUCCAUGCGCCCCAGACAGGCCAGUCCUGUACACGGAACAAAGGCAUCUAACAAAGACGACACCAAAGCAACAAGUGAAAGUAGGACAGUGAUUACCAAAGACAGUACAGACUACAAGGCCAUCCUGAAAGAACACGUGAAGAAGCAGAAGCUUCCAGAUCCGUUUUACAAAACCACUCCAGAUGGCGAGAUCUACCUGUCAACUGUCACCUUCCAGACAACAGCCGCCUAUCAAACCACCGAGCCUGCCAAAGGCAAGAAAGAAGCCGAACAGAACGCAGCAAACGCGGUGGUUCGGAUGUUGGGCGCCCCUUUCAGGGAUGCAAACUACAAAGGUGCUCUGCAGGAGUUCCUCACCUCCAUGUUUGAUUCGUCCAACGUUCCAACCUACCACACCUAUAAGUGUGAGGAUUGUUAUAUCAGCGUUGUGCGCAGUGUGGCCAUCACAGAAGCAUGUACUUUCAAAGUCACUACACCUAAGGAUCCACAAAACGCCCCCGAUCUUCAAACAACUCUUUCUUCAGGGGGUGUAGUGAAAUUGGCAGAGCAGAAAGUUGCAAAAUUUGCCUUGGAUAUUUUGGGACUGCCCUUUGAAGCAUCCAAACAGACAGGCGCUAUACCAAAGAUGCAGGGGUCUAAAAUUGACAGCCUGGCGAAACCAAUGACAAAGGAAGAUUCAAAUGCACAUAAAGCCACCUCCGCUGUGAACACGGAUCCGGCUAAGACCCUGUCAAAUUCUGCUGCUUCAAAUUCUGUGACUUAUGUGGAAGCUGAUAGUUCCUCCUCACAGAAAAACGUUGGAAGAGUAGCAACAGGUAGUAAGAACAGUACGGCGUAUACGAAUAUUCUACAAAAACAUGUGCAAGAUCAAAAAUUCGCAUCUCCCAGAUACAAAGAUUUUGAAGAAGGCGGCACCACCCUGUCAUCUGUUAGCUUCAAGACAAGAGGUGCCUACCAAACCAAGGAACCUGCGAAGAGCAAGAAAGAAGCCGAGCAAAAUGCAGCAAAAGCAGUGAUUGAGAUGUUGCCGCAUGUUACAGCAAAGGGUACCAACUACAAGGGUACUUUGCAGGAGUAUGUCACUAAAGAGAACCCAUCCGGCGUCCCCACGUACUAUACAUACAAGCUCCAAGGUGGUUAUAUCAGUGUUGUACGCUGUCAUGUCAUCACUGAGCCAUGCAGCUUCAAUCUUGUUACACCUGACAGUGCUAAAGACGAACUUCAGGGACAAGCGACAUCUCUUUCUCAAGGGAGUGUGCGUGAAGAAGCGAAACAGAACGUCGCCAAGUUUGCAUUGUAUGUCUUGGGGAUCCUCACAGAAGCAACCCAAACAGCAAUGGCAGAUACCGCACCAGAAGCCAAGGGGUCAGGCAAGGAAGAGAAAGAAGUUGCCAGUGUACAAGCUAAGACCAAAAGUCCCAAAGGACUAGAGUCAGCCUCAACCAUAGCAUCGGGGACAGAAGCAUCUACCAGGAAGGCUCCUACUGCUAGUAACCCCAGUGUCACAAACAAGCAUGGUCCCCAAUUACAGAAUGAAGAUAAACCAGCAACAGCGACGGAAAGUGCCGACAGAAAUUACAAGGCUAUCCUACAGCAACACGUGCAGAAACAGCGCUUGCCUCCGCCCAAAUACCAUGACACCCCAACAGAUGACAAAACCUUCCUUUCAACAGUGAGCUUCAAAACAGCAGGCGCAUAUCAGACUGUCAAUGCCACCACAACUAAGAAAGAUUCUGAACAAAACGCUGCAAAAUCGGUGAUUGACCUACUGAAAAUUCCUUCGGGUGACACCAUCAACUACAAGGGCUCUCUACAGCAACAUGCCGUGAAAUUAGAUAGCAGCGACAUCCCGAAGUAUCAGACAUAUGACUGUGAUGGUGGAUUUAAAACCGUUGUAACCUGUGGUGCUAUUACUGAAGCAACGAGUCUUGAAGUUGCUUCAGAAGCAUGUAACAGCAAGAAAGAAGCACAACAGUGUGCCGCGCGCAGAGCAGUAGAAUUGCUCGACAUACCAUUGCAAUGAGUAGGGCAGAGAAAUGGCCAUGGUGUUAACAGUGCCUUACACAUACAGAUCAUCUUUGCAAUGUUUUGCAAUGAUGAUCCGAAAACAGUAAUGUGUCUCGUGUUGGAAUUACACUCAUUUACUGUCAGAAGUCUAUGUUUAAACUUUCCGACAAAUUUUAACUCAAUAUUCUACAUUGGCAAAUAUACCCUUGAAAGGUGGAGAGAUAAUUUGUAAUCAGAGGGAUGAACAGUGCAAUUUUAAGACCCAAGUGCUUCUUAUUAUCAUUAGAUAGGAAAAUAUUGAUUUUUUUAAAAAUAUUUUAAUUCAGAUAGUAAUGAAACUAUUAUAAAAUGGACUAGUGUGAUGAAUUUUUAAUUACAAAAAUGCAUGAAAUAUCUUAUUCAGGAUGUUCUUUGUCAAACAGCACUAGGGCUUUCAAAAAUAACUGUAGGGAUACUCCAGACUCAUCUGCACCUGAGAUAUCCUUUUAAAAUGUAUGGAUUAAAUCAAUGUUUUAGUUGAGAAGACUUGUCUUUUGAUUGUUCACAUGCAAGGCUAAGAAAUCAAGCUAUUUCACUGCUGAAAGUUGUUUGUUCCCAGUUACCUUUUCACAGAUCCCAUUGCAUGCUGGGAGACACUGGGCGCUAUGGGUAGCGCAGGAGGCAAAUAUCAUGUCAAUCAUAACACUGCAAUCAAUACAGUACGCAUGUGCAGCAUGGAGUUAGGGUGAGGAUAUUGUUUGUCCCUAUGUUUACCCAUGGUGCUUUGUGACUCCCAGCAUGCAAUGGGAUCCAAAAGAUGUUGUACUUUUCUAUAUUGAGUCGCCAGUAAUCAGCCCAUACUGACUUCAUUAAUCAUACCAUUUAUUGCACAAAUAUCACAUACCACUGUUCUACUAUUACAUGUACCUUGACUAUCCAAUCACAAACAUCUAGAGCAGCACAUGGCUCAGAGCUAUAAACUUCUUAAUAAACAUCAAUCAUUAACCUUUCUUCAAGUUCUUCAAUAAUUAUUUGAUGUUCUUUUGACUAUCUUUGGAUAUUAUUUAUAAUGUGUACAUCUCGAGUUCUCGUGGUUCUAUAGUAGGUACCAUCUUCAAAAUACAUCAUUAAACAGAAAACAAAUGUAAUAGCCUUUCCAUGGUACACACUUUACUAUAGUUGGUUACAAUGUACACAGCACUAUUUUCUCAAUGUUUAGUCAGUAUACAGUAUUGCUUAAUGACAGAUCUUGCAGAUGGUACCACUAUAAACCUUAAAUACUACACUCACUGAUCCAAAGAAGAUUUUCUAAGUAUACCUUCUCCCCUAAUGACUAAUUCUAAGGUCGACAUCAUGUUUAAACCACAAAAUACAUGCAAAUACGACCUACACCAAAGCCCCUAUUCCAACAGUUUGUGCUUUGUUUGUUUUCUUAGUGAUAUACUCGGUGUUCACUAUCUCUAUAAAUUACAGAAUUGGCAGUUGCUUCAUCCAUAUUGAAUAGAUCGAGUUUAGCCUUUUAAUUCCUUCUGUCUAACAAUUAACAUCUGUUAUUUUACUCAUUACAAUGUACGGUUUUCAUCUGUUGUUUUUUAAGAUUAGGACUUAAACUAUUUUGGUUGUUAAUCUUAACACGGAACGUUGUGUCACAAUUUUGUUCUAUAUACAACAUAGUCUUUUAGAAGGAAUGAUGUUUACAUCUAUGACCAAUGCCACAAUGGUUACAUUACAAAUUUUUCACAAAGCAGGGCCCAAAAUACAUGUCUCUUUUCUGCAUACCCUUGCUGGUGCAGGUAACAUUGAAAAUUACCUGCACCAGGCAAUGCUACCUGCACCACAAGUUUAGAACUGUGGGUCACACUGGAUACUGCUUACAAACAAUAUCCUUUCUUCAUACAGCAUUUUAUAAGCGUUUACAUUCAGUACAGCAAAUGCCCACAUGUGUAAUAUAUACAUGUACCCAGUACAUGGAGCAGUGCAGGUUAGGUGUAGGUAGACUGCACAUCUCCAAUUUUACUAAUACUGUAUAUGGGUGGUAUUUUGAGCCCUGUAACGGAAAGUCAAAAUGGAUUACAUCAAACUAUUUUCAAUGUUCACUGCUAUAUUUCCGAUGUGAAAGCUACAUAUGGGACACAGUAAGUGACCAGGAAUUAUUGUUUCACCAAUUUUCUGAUUGUUAACUUUGAUAGACACAAUCAAUGUUCUUGACUCAACAUACAUCUAACAUGUUACAUUGUACUUCAAAUUAUCCUUAAACAGAAUUGAGUUACAGGUAAGAGAGGAAUGGUGCAGAAGAACAGUGGAGUAGAAACAAGAGGGUCAACAAUACAGGAAAAUGGCAUGAGGUGUGUUUAUGUGAGAUGUAAUACAGAACUCUGGUGGUUAAGGGAAAAAUUUAACAACAUGAAUGGUAGUUAGUUAUGCUUCGUCAACUAUUUGCAUCCAUCUGGUAAACUUCGACAUUUUUUAUAUACUAUAUGUUUUUCUAAGAAUGAAAAUCUUGACAGCCUGUAAGAAUGAUGUCUUUCUUAAGUUGUCUGUUCUGAAAAGAUUCAUGGUUUAGUUUCUUGGUUCACACAUAGGCCAAGACUACAUGUGACUUUAAAAAAGGAAAGACAAAAGAAGAAGUUAACGUUUCAAGGUAGGGAAGAGAGGAAACAGAAAAAAGGAAGAAAUUUACUACUUAAUAAGUACAAUAAUUUUUGACAUAUUUACAAAACCAAUUUGAACCAAUGAACAUAAUAUAUACAUUUAACCCUGAUGUCUACAAUAAGCCAUAUCACAGUUCCAGUAUCAUAGGGGAUUGUGGGUAAGGUCAUAGGUUAAGGCCCAUCAGAAGUACAAUGUAGACAAUCCUCCAUGUGAAAAUGUUGCAAACAUGUCAGACAGAGAAUUGUAUACAAGUAUGGGCACUUCAAUUUUACCUUAGACCAAAGUGCAUCAUGGAUGCAUAUGCACACUCAGAACUGUGACAUACCUUAUUAGAACUAAAAAACUAACUUAAAGAUCAAAUGUAUGUAGUAACAAA